CCAUGGACUGCAUGCAACAGGAAACAUACAACUACGACUUUAGUGGCACUGACAAUGGCCACCAUCGACUGAGGUUAGUCAAUUUUGAGGUCCAAGCAAACCACACUUCCCAUGAGACCCAGGGUCUGAGCAACAUUAGACUGGUGGUGCGACGAGGGAAGCCGUUCAAGCUCACUCUGCUGUUCCACAGCCAGGCGUGGGAUCCUCACACAGAGGGUCUGGUACUAGAGGUUUGUCUAGGUGAUUUGUCAGAGAAGAUCCCAGUCCAGUUUUCCAGUGAGUGGUCCAACCCCCAACGCUGGUCAGCCACAGUCUACCCAGAGAAUCUACAGCCUCAGUCAGUCACAAUCCACAUCUGCUCCCCUGUUCUCUCCUCAGUGGGUCUAUAUGACCUCCUGAUUCACAUAAACACCCUUAAGCACAGACUGAGUUACACACUAGGAAGAUUUGUCUUGCUCUGCAACCCCUGGCUAAAAGAUGAUCCAGUGUACAUGCCACUGGAUGACCAUUUACAAGAGUACAUCAAGAAUGAUUACGGGGUGGUUUACACAGGCACCAAUUCAAACAUAUGUAGACGACCCUGGGUGUUUGGUCAGUAUGAGCCUGGAGUCCUGGAAGCAUGUCUGAAGCUCCUGCAGGUCAGCCCACAGCACUUUAGAGAUUCACUCAAAGACUACAGUUUACGAGCAGACCCUGUCUACCUCAGCAGAGUGGUCUGUGCUAUGGUGAACUGUAAUGAUGACUUGGGGAUUCUGGAGGGGAAGUGGCAAGGCAGUUACAAAGGUGGCGUCAGGCCGACUGAUUGGAGCGGCAGCGCUGACAUCCUUCGUCGCUGGUUCUCAUCCAACUGCAUCCCCGUGCGGUAUGGACAGUGCUGGGUGUAUGCAUCUGUCCUCUGCACAGUGAUGAGAGUUCUGGGGGUUCCCUCCAGGGUGGUGACAGUUUUUAACGCAGCCCAUGACAGUGAUGGCAGCCUGAAAGUUGAAGAGUAUUACACCAGCAGAGGGGAGAAGCUUGGCCUAUCAAAGGACAGCAUUUGGAACUUCCAUGUGUGGGCGGAGUGCUGGAUGAGGAGACCUGACCUCGGCGCUGGGUUUGAUGGCUGGCAGGUAGUGGACCCAACUCCUCAGGAGAAGAGUGCAGGGAUAUUCUGUUGUGGCCCCUGCCCAGUAACUGCUGUCCAGCAACAUUGCCUUGGUGCCCCAUAUGACACACCGUUCAUCUACGCCUCUGUGAAUGCUGACAUCAUACGGCUGAUUGUGCGUGAUGGACUGGUGGUGGGAAGGACUGUGGACACUGACUGGGUGGGACAGCUGAUCUACACCAAAAAAGUUGGUUCAGACAACCCGGUCAAUCUGAUACACAAUUAUAAGGGCACGAAAGAGCAGACAGAAGCAGUGAAAAUAACAAUGAAGACAAUACCAGCAAAAUAUUUUACAUCGGGUUCCACUUCAUGUUCCGGUGCAAUGGAAGAUGGAGCUGGACAAAUGUCACCCAGUUUGGAGGUGACCCUGACUAUGGAUAGGGUGCCAUCACUGGGUGACAGCAUCCACAUGUGCGUGACAGUCACAAACCGUUCAAACAGCCCCAGGGUCCUGAUGGAACUAGUCAAUGCUCAGCUGAAAGAGUACAACAGCACCCCACAGGGAAGCUUCUGGAAAGUACACAAAAAGGUUCACAUACAACCGCAUGAAGUGUUGACGCUCCACCACAUUAUCCCUCACUCUGAGUAUGACACAGUCCUGGCUGGUGACGACAUUGUGAACUUGGCGGUGGUGAUAAAGGAUGUGAUGACCAACAAAAGAGUGUUGGCUACACAAGAGUUCAACGUAAACCCACCGCAGAUAACCAUAGAGAUUGAAGGGGGGGACAGCAUCCAGAUGAAGAAGAAGCAUACAGCCUUGGUGUCUUUUACUAACCAGUUUAUCAAACCUCUGACUGGAGCACUGUUAACUGUGGAGGGGUUUGGCCUGUUACAGAGCAAACAGGAGUCCAGGCUGGUUCUCCUGCAGCCAGGAGAGAAGAUUGAGAAGAAGGUAUCCAUUGUGGCCUCUUCACCCGGCACCAAACUGCUGCUGGCCACUUUCUCACACAGCAAAUGCCCCACCAUCGUUUCCAGGAGCUUCCACAAAGUCUCUGUCACGACAGUGUGACACUGAGUCCAACAUCCCAAAAGUUUCAACGGGAAGCAUUUUAAAUACAGUCAGCCAGUCUACCAUCUAUUAGCUUUUGAAGUGAGCUAUAUUUUUGUUCUUCAUGAACAGACAAAGAUACAUUUUCUGUAUUUUGCCACUGAUUUGCCACUGAUUUUAAGGCUUUUGCAUACAUGUAGGGACGUAAUAUACAGUGAAUGUAUGAUAUCUGCAUUGGUCACAUAGUAAUGAUCGAGAAAUUUUGUAUUUCAUGAAGAAAAAGUGUCCUUGAAUGUUCACAGUAUCACCCAACAUACUCAGGUCAAGUACUUUACAUUUACAAAGACAUUCUACUAUUUUAAAACAUUCAUCAACAUAUAAAUAAAAUAACAUGUCUUCAACCAAGACCAGACAGAUAUAAAUAAGUGCAGCAAUGACACAGCCAAGUAGUACAGUUCUUUUCACACUAUUACUUCCAUAGUUAAAGAACACAAGUACAACAUUGCAAAUGUCUUAAUCUUAAUCUCUGUCUUGAUUCAUCUGAUUAAAACUCGCUUGGCUGGGCUCUAAAACUUGGACUAAACUACUCAAACCAUG